CCCCCUGCGCUCCCACAGCCCGGCGCACACGCGGCAGCGCCGCAGCCCCGCGCAGACAGACAGACAGACACACACAGAGGCAGGCUCUGGCAGUGGCACUCGCAGCGCAGCAGCGGCCGCCGCCACCAGGCAUGGCACAGGGCUCUGCCUCGCCAUGGCAGCAGCAGCAGCUCGACACAGCACCCUGGACUUCCUGCUCAGCGCCCCAGCUGAUUGCAAUGCAGUUCUUAAAGGUCUACAGCCUGUUUUUCAAGAGCAGGGAAUGACGGAAACAAUUCAUAACUGGGAGGAUCAUGGUUACUUAGCAACUUACAUCAACAAAAAUGGCAGUUUUUCCAAUCUGAGAAUUUACCCUCAUGGAUUAGUAUUGGUGGAUCUGCAGAGUCACAGCGAUGAUAUUAAAGGAAGAGAUGAAAUUGAUCAUCUACUAAAUAAGAUAGAAGAAAGAAUGAAACAGUUGUUUCACAGCAGUAUCAAAAGGGUAAAGCGAUUGCCAGCAACUGUGAGAGGAGGAGCCAUUGAUAGAUACUGGCCCACGGCUGAUGGGCGUUUGGUAGAGUAUGACAUAGAUGAGGUUGUUUAUGAUGAAGAGUCACCUUAUCAGAAUAUUAAAAUUCUACAUUCGAAACAGUUUGGGAAUAUUCUUAUCCUCAGUGGGGAUGUUAAUCUGGCAGAGAGUGACCUGGCAUAUACGCAAGCCAUAAUGGGCAGUGGGAAAGAAGACUUCACUGGGAAAGAAGUGCUGAUCCUAGGAGGUGGUGAUGGGGGUAUACUGUAUGAAAUAGUCAAACUGAAACCAAAGAUGGUCACCAUGGUGGAGAUUGACCAAAUGGUGAUCGACGGGUGUAGAAAAUACAUGCGUAAAACAUGUGGAGAUGUCUUAGACAAUCUUAAAGGAGAAUGUUAUCAGGUUCUAAUAGAAGACUGUGUUCCAGUACUGAAGAGGUAUGCCAAAGAAGGAAGGAUGUUUGAUUAUGUAAUUAAUGAUCUGACAGCUGUUCCAAUCUCCACAUCUCCUGAAGAAGAUUCUACAUGGGAGUUUCUACGAUUGAUUCUUGACCUUUCAAUGAAAGUCCUGAAACAUGAUGGAAAAUAUUUCACGCAGGGAAACUGUAUCAAUCUGGCUGAAGCCUUGACCCUCUAUGAAGAACAGCUUGGCAGGCUUUAUUGCCCUGUGGAGUUCUCAAAGGAAACUGUAUGCGUACCUUCAUACAUGGAAUUUAGUCAGUUGUGGAGUAUACCUCCACAGGAUAAACUCAUAAACCCGGGGAAUGAAAAAUCAAGGAGCCAGGGACUCAGCCAGGAUUUUCAAGGCCCAGGACAAGCUGCUCCUCCCUCCCCUCAAAGUCUCAUCCCUUCAACUUGUCUUUGUCUCUGUCCCUUCACCUUGAUGAUUAUUUUCCCUCCUUGGUCUAAAUAGCCACCUCCUGUGGAAAAACAGAGGAAUGAGGGUCAGGAAAUCUUUCCUCUGAGCUUGUAUUUUUUUCCCUCUCCCCUCAUCAAGGGAAGAGGUUUGAGGCAUGAAAAGGCUGCCCAAGUCUUCACCUCCAUAGAGGCAUCUUCAUGGGUGGUCUGCCCUGAAAGGAUUGCGCUUGCCUUGAUUAUUGCAGCUCCUCCUCUGUAAUCUCCUAGAGUUUCUCUCUCCAGACUCUCGCUUGGUGUUGCCCACUUUUUCCUGCAUACUUAGGUCUGCUCUGCUUGGUUUUUAAAGUGUUGAGUGGGUUUUGCCACAGUCUGCCUCUGUCUCAGUGUGUUUUCUCCCUGUACAGCUUCCUUUCUGUUCCUGUGUACUAUCUUGGUACAGUUGUUUCCAGAGCCUUCUGUUUUGAAGCCCUGCCCUCUGGAACGAUCUUCCUGUUUCUCUUGACCUUGCCAACUAUCCAUCAAUAUUCAGAUUGCAUCUUAAAGCAUCUUUAAGACAAAUAGAAAAGGCAUAAAUGCCAUCUCUUUUGGCUUUACCCUUAUGACUAACAGCUUUAAUGUAUUUAGUAAACAAUAUUUUUCACUGUCUAUUAUAUAAGCCAUGCUUUGCUUAAUUUAACUCUCUAAAUGGUUUGGGUGUAUUUUGUAUGAAAGACUUUAAGUGUUUGUUAUGUUGUUUGUGCAGUAGAAUUGCAAAAUGCUUGUACAUGAACUAUGGCAAGAAGUGCUACCUCAUUCCUCUGGAAAGUAUAUUUAAAUGUUUCCGGUGAGGUAAUUGACGUGAAAUGCCACUAAAGCUAAUUCUGUUAAUUCUGGCUACUAAGUAGGCAUAAUCAGGCUUCCAAGUGAACAGCUCUUAUAAAGGGCAAGUUUUCAUUCAUUCUGUCUAACUGUCGACAUGACAAGAUAAUCCACCAUAUAUACAGAAAUGCUAAUAAGGGCAGCAGGAGUCAUGCUGCCUUCACACUAGCCUCCAGCAUGUCUGCAGGACAUUACUUUUGUUCGUUUAACUUAGACUUCUGGUAUGCAUUAAUGUGAACAGCAUACAUUUUAUUCUAAAAAAAAAAAAAGGAAAACUAGAUAUUAAAACUAAUAAGUAUUCCAGAAAAGUUGACGUAAGAAUGGGAAGGAAAUUCCGUCUGUACUCUGUUUAGAUCACUGUCAUCUGUUAGUGCUGCAGAGCAAUGCAUACUACUCUCAUCCUAAACUUCGCCCUAGUCUUCGCCUUACCUCCCUCCUUCCCAUGCCACAGGGGGGCAAGUAGAUUUACACAGAAGUGGAUCUAAUUUUCGUCAUACCCCAUGAAUAACAGAAAACAGGGAGUUCAAGCAGAUCACUUCUCCUUGCCAUUCCGGAGGUACGCUGCCUCUUCACAUCUUCUGCACAGUGGAAGUGUGUUGGUUGUGCUGUAUCUGGAUCCCUCUGCACUCAUGAAGAAGGGGCCAGAAUCUGCUGCCAGCAGAACAAAAUGUUGUGCUAACUGCUUCCAGCCCAAUGUACAACAAGAAGAGGGAAACAUUACAAGGAAUACCCAAGAUCAAAACCAAGAAAGUGUGAUGGCAGGCAAAGUAAGAAAGGGACAGAAAUGACAGAAACUGUAAGUAAAAGUCAUGGCAGUUGUGGAACAAAUCUUUCCAUAUAACUACAGGAAAAAUCCAUGAUACUAAAUAAAAAACAUGAGUGUGAGGCAAAGAGGUACUUCACAAAAAUGGCAUCUACCCCUAUGUGUCAAAGGGGUCCUACUUCCUGGGAUCCAGAAGGAAUGUUGGGGAUUUACCCACCCUAUCUUUCUGACCUAUAAUAAACAGGGGUUAUUUGGGGAUUUAUUUCACUUUAGUUCUAAAAGUGCUUCUUUGACAAUAUACUACACAGUUUGCUUUGUUCCUUGACUUUUUUUUUCUUCAGAUGGGUGUUCUACACCAUUUGGAAGACGAGAACUGAAGUGUGAAGAUCAAGAUAUUCUAAUUGUGUGCUGCAUGGAGCAUAUAGGCUUGCCGCGUGCUGCAUAUUGGCAUCUUGAACCUUUAAAUUAUAUGCUGUAGAUGAUCCUGAAACUUAGUCAUGCUAUUGAUUGUGAAUUCUUUAAAUGUUUUUUAUUAUUAUUUUAAUUUAAAAGCAAAUGGAAAAUGUAUAUUUUGAUGAGGUAGGGUGUUAUUUUUGAAAGUCAACUUAAAGAUGAAUUAGCAGCAAAACUAUAGCUGCUGAAUGCACUGAACCUUUAGAAUGUGAUCCUUUUUAUUUUUUUGUAGAUCUUCACAAACUGAUUAAAAAAAGACAUCUUUAACAUUUC